GCAGGAAGAAAUGGAGGUGAAUUGGACUGGCCAUACUCUGAGGAAACAAACCAUCAGGUGACAUCACUAGACAAGCCAUUGCUCGAGUGGAACCCGAAAGGGAAACGGCAAGUUGGUCGUCAGUGGGAGGGUGACUCGGAGGAGUUCAUGUGUAG